CUUUCCGUUAAGAAAGGUGAUUCGCGAGCGCCUCCGGGGUUUCGUGCUAUAAUAAGGAAUAGGAAUAUCGCGAGGUCCUCCUUAGGUUUAAGCCACUUUCUAGAACUCAUUCUAGCGUUCGAGGCCUUACGGUUUUCAUUAAUAGAAGUCCUUAACAAUUUAACGUUUCUUAUGCUCCGCUGGGCUAAAAGGCUUUCUACUACCUUUAACAAGUACUAUUCGCUCUAUUACCAACCUCAUUUUGUAUUAAAUGCGGAGGGGUAG